AUGAGCGUUUCGGCAAGAUCUACUAGAACAGCAAGAACGAUUCGAUCCUACGGGGCGUCGACAGUAGAUAGAAAGGAGUUUUCCGGAUUGCAAAAGAUUGUUCCCUGCUCUUUAACAAAAAUCCCAACCUACAGCUGGCGAAUCACGUGCCCCGCUCGGCUUCGCUAUGUCGUGGACAUCAAGGAGACCCAGUUCUUCUGCAACUCCUGCCGACUCUACUUCAAAUGCUUGGAUGAUUUCUACCGGCAUAAAAUGAUCAAAGAUCAAAUUUCAAAGGCAAAAAAGGAGUUUCAAUACAUGUCAAUUACGCUCCGAAAAAUCGGUUACAACGUCAAUUGCGAUGGAAAAAUAAUGCUUCUGCCACCCGUCAAGACACAAGUGAACAACCAGACUUUGGGAAGAGGAAAAAAGAAGAAGGCAACUUUCGAACCAAGCCAAGCUCUUCCCGAGAGCCUCGUUGAGCAUAAAUUCUUCAAUGAGCGGGAGUUUGUCGAGGAACUCCGAUCUUGCAGAAGAAAAACUGAAAAAUUGCGAAGAAAUUUCAAAGCUUUUCGACUUGAAUAA